CCCUGGCUGUCCUGGAACUCCUGUAGAUCAGGCUGGCCUUGAACUCAGAGAUCCGCCUGCCUCUGCCUCUCUUGUGCUGGGAUUAAAGCACAAGUCCUUUAAAGAUUAUCUUCAUGUGCUCUUGUGGUGUCUGGCUGUCACACAUGGAUCUGCCUGAGCAUGUUUUCUCAUUAUUCAUGUUAUGUGGCUCUGUGGGAGCUUGGGGAGGCCUCAAGAAGUCAGGUUAUAGUUUAACCUGCAUUUGUUUGUCUGUUUAUGUGAGAGCUUAGGUCAUCAGCUCAGACUGGCUUCAGAAUCACGAUCAUUCUGCCUGUGCCUCCAUAGUACUGGGAUUAAAUGGGUGCACCACCACACCCAACUCAGUCUCCGUUUUAGAGGUCGAAGGUUAUCUGGUAUAAUUUUACAGGUUUGCCAUCUUGAGAUCCCAUGGCUGUCCUUCCUGGGCUCUGGGGCUCUUUUGCCCAUGUCAGCAGAACAUUUGGCCUGCGCUGCUUCAGCACCUCCGGGAGCCUCCGUGCAAUCCAGAAAAUGACUCGGGUGCGUGUAGUGGACAAUAGUGCCCUGGGGAACACCCCGUACCAUCGGCCUCCGCGAUGCAUCCAUGUCUACAACAAGAGUGGGGUGGGCAAGGUAGGCGACCAGAUUCUGCUGGCCAUCAAGGGACAGAAGAAGAAAGCACUCAUUGUGGGACAUUGCAUGCCUGGCUCCCGAAUGACCCCAAGGUUUGACUCCAACAACGUGGUCCUCAUUGAGGACAAUGGGAACCCUGUGGGGACUCGAAUUAAAACACCUAUCCCAACCAGCCUUCGCAAGAGGGAAGGGGAGUAUUCCAAAGUGUUGGCCAUAGCUCAGAACUUUGUGUGAGCGGCGAGCCUCGGAGCCCUGCAGCCAUUCCCUUCACACUGGCGACAGUUGGAACAGAAUAAAUGUUUUAAUGUGUGCUUCCUCCCGA